AAGAGCCGUUUUGUGUUCUUAUCUAAUAAGAAGACAUGGGUUUUUCCUUUUUCUAUGUUUUCCAAUCUGGGUUUGUUGAGAAUUGGAGCUUGAUUUGUUAUCUAUCUGUUCUGGGUUUUGAUUGAUUUGCAUUUCGAAGCUUUCUUCAUUUCAAAGGCUCAAUCAUUGCAGAUUUUUCGGUAUUCGGAUUUCCCGAAAAGGAAAAAACGGGUCAUCUAGUGCAGUUGGUUUUGCUUGAAAUUAUUCGCGAUUUAGUACCAGAUCAGAUCUUGGGUAUUUUUGUUCCAUUUGCUUCUUUUUGAGUGAAUGGCCACAUCAGUGACCCAAGACGUAAUUGAGCCAGAUGAACGUAAACUAAGAACAAGUUCUGUUGGAAAAUCAAGUUCUCCAAACACUGGACAAAGUAAGUUUCUUGAUUACCUAAGGGCUUCUAGGGGAAAAGAGAUGCCUCCAAACAAUGGACAAAAUAUCUCCCCACGUCAUACCAGAGCUUCUACUGGUUCUCUCCGUGAAAUGGUUAAUACAGCAAGGCACUCUACUGGAAAAGCAAGUUCUCCGAAAAGUGGAGAAAGUCUUGAUCCCCAUUAUCUCAGAGCUUCUUCUGGUUCUUGCCAUGAUUUCUGCAAGUACGGAAGGAAACAUGAAGUUGAACUGAAGGCGAGGCGUCUUUUUCCCAAAAGAGCCAUAAAACUGCCAUCUGAGAGGGAGAAUCCCACCAUUGUAGUUGUUUCAGCUGAGAGAAAGAUGACAGCGGUGGUCAAGGUCAAGCCCAAGCCUUCACCAGUUUCCAAAGCACUUUCCGCUGAUUCCCCCAGUGUCAUCAAGCAGGAAGUUUCAUCGCUAUCAAACAAAGUCAAAAUGUCUUCGAAACAAGCUUCAUCAAAUGAGAAGGAAAUAGCAAAAGAUGGGAAGAAAAUUGUUUCUGCAAAAAAGGCUCCCGUGAAACCUAAAGCCACAAUGUCCAAGCCAUCAACUUCCCCUGGUACUUCAGGUGGUUUGAAUAGUAGAAAAGACAGUGAAAUCAAGGGAGCCAAAAAGACAGGGACCUCUAUAGCAGCUUUGAAGAAAGUAGUUGCUACCCCCAAGGCUUCACUUUUCCCUAAACCUUCUUACAAUGGAGCUGUGAUCUUAAAUGUCAAAAAACACAAAAGCCCGAAAUCUUCGUCUCCUCUGAAGGACCAGAACAGGGUUAGGAAAACUGAACCCAAUCAAUCAAACAAUGAGAAGGUCUCAGAGAAAACCUUACAUGUUAUAAAGGUUGAAACUGAGAAUGAAGUUCUUGAAUGUGCUCAAAAUGGUAGUACCCUUCAUUCUCCUCUAUCUCCAGAAUUGUCAUUGGCCAAGUCUUCCUCACUCCCGAAAUCUCCAGCUUUGUCAUCUCACGAGGAAGAAGAUCAAGAGGAGUCAGAAUAUACUGAUAGUAAAGUGGAUGAAACAGAUGAAUCCAUCUCAGAGAGCACUGAAACAGUUAACUUGAACAAAGUAGAAACUCCAGAAGGAAAUGGCAAGAGGACACCAGGAAAGGGUAGAAAAGUGGGUAUUUCUGGCGAUAAAGAUUCUUCAGCUGCGAAACAGAAGUUCAGGAGGGGGAAGGUGGUUGAGGUUAAAUCUGAGAAUGAUGGUCCGAGGAGGCUCAGAUUCAGGCGGGGAAGAGUCUUGGGGCAAAACCCGGAUACCAAAUCAGAUGUCGUAAAAAGAAGCUUUGCAAAGAAAGAAGUUGAAGGUGAUACAAAUGGUACCCUCCCCGGUUUAAAAGGGAAUAACAAGAGGACGCCGGGAAAGGGUAAAGUGGGUAUUUCUGUUGAUUGUGAACCGUCCAAACUGAAGUUCAGGAGGGGAAUGGUGGUUGACCCUCAGUCAGAGAAUGGCACUCCUAGGAGGCUCAGAUUCAGGAGGGGAUUAGUCUUGGGGAGAAGCCAAGAUAGCAAAUCCGAUGUUGGGAAAACAGGCUCUAAAAGGAGAGGAACUGAGAGUGAUGCAAAUGGUACUGAACCUGGUUCUGAAAAGGUUGUUUUGAGGCAUCAAGAUGUGCAGGGAAAGAAAGAUGCUCAGGGGUUGUUUAAUAAUGUGAUUGAGGAGACGGCGAGUAAGCUUGUUGAAAGCAGGAAGAGUAAGGUUAAGGCCUUGGUGGGUGCUUUUGAAACAGUGAUCUCCCUACAAGAGAGUAAACCUUCAACGCAAACUGUCCCUUGAGUUGAGUGGAGAAUAUGGUGUCCUUCCUUUCCCGCGUCUUUGGUUUUCCAAAGAUAUUGUAGGGGGAAAACCUAAGCUUGUGAAUUUUCCAAAAGAUUACACAGUAGUAUUUUUUUUUUUUGAGGUUAGAAAGCUCGGAUUACUGAGUUGAUUUCGGAUUCUUUCACCUGUACUGUUCUUGACAUGCUUCUUUCCGUUCUUGGAGGGUAUGUUGCAUCUUGCGUUUUUUUCUUUUCUUUUUCUGGGGGAAUUUUGUACAAGUUUGUUGGAUUUGUACUGUGAUGGGAAUUGGAAACUAUUAUGUUCUGGAGUUCAUCUGGUUCAGGUAGGGGAAGAGAAAGAGCAACACAAUUUGUAUGGUUGAUUUGUGUUGUCUUCCUUUUAAUGAACUAUGAAAUGUGACUGUUUUGGGGGUUGUUUGGCA